AUGGCGGCGGCGGCCACCACGGCGACAGGCAGGCCAGCCUGGCGCCACCUGCGCCCAUUUCGCGCCCCCCGCGGACCGCCUGGAGCCUCGGAGGCCCCGCGAGGCAUGCCGGCGUUCCCGAGGCUCUCCUGCUGGCUGCUGCCCAGCUGCCGGCGCAGCAAGGAGGGCAUCCUGGCAGCGCGCAGCUCCUCGACCCUGUCGGGCGCAAGCGCGGGCUCCGCCGCGUCCGGGAGCGGCCUGCCUGGCGGGCAGAAGGUGUGCAUCGACGCGGACACCGAGGUGCCCUUCGAGCUCUACCUGGACUUGGUGGAGUCUGGCAAGCGCGCCCGGGCUCGCGGGCAGCACCACAAGGUCCGGCCGCGCUCCGGGAGCCAGGCCGCCGCCUCGCGGCAGCCACUGCGCCGGCCGACGCGCCUCGUCAGCUCCGAGGCCGGCCAGGCGUGA